AUGGCACAAAGACUACAGACACUCCAAGACUGGAGCAAUAAGCAUGUCUUCACUGCAUCGUUGGAUUAUUGGAAUCAAGAUCCGCCAGAAACUGAGUCAUUCGGAAUGCGACCAAAGCGACCAGCACCCCCGGCUAAAUAUGGUACUGUGGAAGAAGGUCCUGAAGAUGAAAACGAACCGUCGCCUGUCGAGGUUGAUAACAUCGUUGAGGACCCACAUGCAGGCGGCGAGCCAAUUACAGCGCUGCAAGCCGCAUGGAACGUCACCAAUGCUAUCCAAGGAAUGUUCAUCGUCGGAUUGCCAAUAGCUGUGAAGGUAGGUGGAUGGUGGUCGGUAUUCGCCAUGAUGGGGGUAGCUUAUAUCUGCUACUGGACAGGAGUACUAUUGAUUGAAUGCCUAUACGAGAAGGACAAAAAAGUUCGAUUCAGUUAUCGAGAG